AUGCUGGAUUUAGCGCGGUGCAUUGUUUUCUGCGCGCUCCUCCGCUGCGUUCACGCGUCGUGCCCUCCGCGCUGCGAGUGCUCGGAGGCGGCUCACACCGUGAAGUGCGUCUCCAAAGACCUGCGGAGUAUCCCGACCGGGAUCCCCGGAUACACCCGGAAUCUGUUCGUCACCGGGAAUCAGAUCAGACGCAUCGGCCCGGAGUCUUUCAGAGGUCUGGAUAACGUGACCAACUUGUCCCUGAGUAAUAACAGAAUUUCCGAGGUGGAAUCCCACACGUUUGCCGGACUCCGCAGCCUCCGCUCUCUGGAUCUGAGCAACAACCAGCUGGCAGUCAUUCACCCCGAGGCCUUCACCGUCCUGAACCAGUCCCUGCGGGAGCUCAACCUGAGCCGAGCCCUCUACAACCACUCGUUGGUGAUGGACUUGGCCACGUCCUUCCGCUGGAGCUCCCUGGGGAACCUGCGGGGACUGGACCUGUCCGACAACGGCCUCAUCUUUUUGCCCUCGCGCAUCUUCUCCCACCUGACCAGCCUGCAACGGCUCCAGCUCUCCAACAACUCCCUGGUGGCCAUCUACAACUCCACCUUCUCGGGGUUGGAGCAACUGGAGGAGCUCGACCUCACGCUCAACGCCCUCAAGACGUUGCCCGAGGAAGGUCUGCGAGAGCUGGACUCCCUGCCCACAGCUGACCUUCUGCUGGGGGAGAACCCGUUCACCUGCACGUGUGGAAUUGAACCUUUUGCUCUGUGGCUCAACAGAUCACAGGAACGCAUCAGCAACGCCGACGGCCUCAUGUGCGCCUUCCCGGCCAGCAUGAGGAACACAUCCCUGCUCGCUGUGGGCACCUUGACUCUGGGAUGCCACCAGAUGGGUGCGGGGGCAGACCUUGCUCUGCAGACCUCUUACGUCUUCUUGGGUGUCGUCCUGGGCUUCAUAGGCCUCAUCUUCCUAUUUGUACUUUAUCUCAACCGCAAGGGCAUCAAGAAGCGGAUCUACGACAUGCGGGACGCCUGCAGGGAGGUGUGGGAAGGCUACCACUACCGCUUCGAGAUCGACUCUGACCCCAGGUUAUCGCAGGUCUCCUCGAGCGCCGACGUGUGACAGGACAAUCACCCCCUGGUGUAUUUUCUUAUGACUCUUUUCUAAUGCAUUUAUCAGUAGGAAAAUGUAAAAAUUGUACAGAUUAGUGUGUAAAUAUAUAAAUACAAUAGAGUUAAUAAUCUUUCAGCCUUGUUGAUUAAAGCAUGCACUGCCCGUCUUUCCUCAUUGCACAUCUAAAACUCUUCUUUAAUACAGAGUAUCUUGGAUUUCUUUGCUUUAACGGACACAAAUGUUCUGAACAGUCAUUUCUCACAUCCUCGCCUGCUCUUUAUGUUCACACAAA